AUGGAAGAACUCAAAGUGAUCCUGAAGCAGGUGGACAUCGGAGGCUGGGCGGAGAACGCCGAGAAUGGUGAGAUCGUGACAGUGGCAGGGACACCAAGAAUGACAUCCAUGAACUACGAGAAGGACACCAAGUCCACAAGGGAUGCUGCCCACGGUGUCUCCUUCAGCCAGGGCGUGGAGAAGGAGGCCAGGGGGCCAGAAAAGAACCGAAUGGGUACCAAUGAAGAAGAGAACAAUACAGACCCGCAAGCCAGUGCAGACCGUGUCGACGUCGAGAGUGGCACCCCCCAAGACUACCACCUCAACGAACAAGAGGAGAAAGUGGCCAGCACUACGACCACACCUCGCAAGCUGGCCAGAUCCACUGGACACCAUGAAUUUGAUGCUUUCUGGGACAUCAUGGACUGGAAGGAGGACCACGUGACCAGGGACCAGGAGCCGCGCCGCGGAGGACCCCUCAAGGACGGUCAAGAUGAAGAGGACACCGUAGCCCUGGUUCCAUACAUUGACCUCAUCAACCACAACCCCAACUCAGAGUCCAGAAUCCGUGGAGUCAGUGAAGGUGCAAACGUGCCCGGCAUCACUUCCACAGAGCGCUAUGUGGUCGUGAGAUCUGACAGGUAUUACAACAAAUACGAGCAGAUCUACAUAACAUACGGUAGGAAAUCCAACGCUCAACUCUUGAUGUUGUAUGGAUUCAGCAUGGAGAGGAACACGCAGGAUUCCGUGACAAUCGCUGCCGGGCAGUUGAUGGAAACCAGCCCUUUUGCCGAUGUGAAGAAACGGGUGCUUGACGAGAUGGAGGUUCCGCCAGAGGGCGUCUUCCCGCUCUAUCGUGAUCGUUUCACCAACGAAAUGAUGAUGUAUCUGAGGAUGGCCAUCAUACAGCCUGAAGAUCUGGAUCUGGAUGAUGAUGCUGAUCCAAAGCAGGUGUACAGGGCUCUGAAGCAGCUCGAUAUCAAGCAAGCCACAGGGGAGGUCAGUGAGCGCGGUGCGCUGAUCUGCUUGCGGGGCAUCAUACAGGAGUUGCAGGAUGCUUAUCCCACAACUCUCCAAGAAGAUGAGGCCCUGAUACGGGAUAGGCAGAUGUUCGAGCUCCUGCCCAGGAAUCAGCGAAAUGCUUUGCGAGUCAGGUAUGGUGAGAAAUUGAUCUACCGGGCAUCCCUCGCGACCAUCGAUCGUACCCUCAACAACUUGCCGAGGCUCGGACAAAUGGAGAAAGAGAGGGCCAGGAGAUACCAAGAGAUGGAAAAUUCAGCCUUUGGACGGCUCAGCGUCAAGUUCGAGUCGCCCUUCAAAGCGCGCAAUCUAGAGGAACUCAUGAAGGAAUUGGACAUCUGA